AUGAGAUGGAGUUCACUAGAGAUUCUGCUAUUCAAUGGAGAUCCCACAAUCCCCUCAAAAGCGGAUUUCAUAAAGGCUCUACAUAACGAACGUCGAGAAUAUAUCGAAAUUGCCAACGAUUUCCUCCGGUCGACUGAAAAGAUGAUUACGCUGGUCAAACAGCUCGAGAACAACAUUUCAAACAUGGAAACCUUAAACCGGCAGCAAUCCAUUGUCCUGGAUAAUCUUCAUAAGGGUGAAAAGACUUGA